UGGGAACAUAUACUCGCCGCUCCCCUUUUUCCUCUACAUUCAUCCAUUAGUUCCCUGCUAGCUUCCAAUUCCACGUUUCUGGAACGACAAGCAGCAUCGGUAGCAGAAUACAUAGACACGUCACGCCCCACACCCUUCUUCAUGCUCACCCAAGAAGAUCUGGUCGUGUCUAACAUGGCAGGCCAAACCCAUCUCCACCGCUCUAGCUGGAAGGCGGAUGCUAUCAGGAAAGGUCACCUCAAGAUCAGCGGUCCUAUCCCCAUCACCGAAGACGUGCCACUCAACGAAGAUGAAGAGAAGGAAUUCGCCAAGAAGCAGAAGCUCGAGGAUCCCCCGUCGCCCCGACUCGAUGCAAAUGUCCCUCAGACGCCCGAUCCGGUUCACAAUCACCAGCAUGAAUUGGCUUCCCUGCAACCUUCGCCCAACCUCCCAGACAGUCAUGCAAUUCCUCUUCAAGAACCCGUCCAUCCCGAGGGAAAUGACCAAGCUCCGCCAACUCAAGAGCAUCCUCAACCUCAACCUCCACCUCAUGUUCAGUCUGAGGCUCCAUCUCAACCACCACCGGUAGAAGAGCAGCAGCAGCAAACAUCGCCUCCACCGCAACAAAGUCAACCUGCAUCCAACAUGCAAGGAGAGCCGGAUGAUUCACAUCGCAGGAGCGCCACUUACCCAGUCAUGUACAGCACUCCCAGCCCUUAUCCCUCUGCACCUGAUGGCUCUCUCAAAUCAACCCCCAAGAAAAAACGCAAGAGCGGCUUGAGAAAUGUUUUCCGUAAAAUGUUCGGACGGAAAGACCGAGAGGAGGCCUUGGAUGAGGAUGACGGAGCAAGGAUAACGCCAACUAAAUCACGUGGACACAACCACACCACCAGCGACCCGGGGAUUUUGCAAUCUUCUCCACCCAGGAACUCACCUCUGCGCAGUCAGCGCAUUUCCGAGUUAUCCGUCAGUGAGCCCCAACCCAUCAAGCCUAUAGGCCAACAUCUUCCUUUCCCUAUGAACGUGAAUGCUCCGCAAGAGACGAGUCCUACGCAUCAGUACCUCACUUUUGAAGGAGCUCCUCCGGAACUCGGCCGCCGAAGAGCCACUCUUCCAACCUUACUGGCAGGUGCAGAGACACAGAGCCUGAAGGAUAGGGUACAGCAUCUGGAAGUCUGGCACGAACGCCCCGAGAGCGAACAUGUUGCAAAUGCGGAAAUUGGUAUCGCUCUCUCCGGCCCGCCACAUGCAGACGCGGUGAAUUCCCUCCAGUCGAAGCGCAGGUCCCGAAGUGCAGGCGCCCUUCGAGAUUUGGCCAAAAGCGCCGCGUCAGACGAGAGAAGACGGAGUGCUGAAAUCCGAUUUUGGCGGAGCAGCUUUGCUUCUGGGAGCGUCCGUAGUGACCAGAUGCAGCGGCCGCAGACAGCACAGACCGUUGACACGGUGUUAUCAACCAAUAUCAAAGAAACGGUAGAAUCGGAGUCGCAUGCACCCCCUAUUGUUGAUCUCGCGCCAGUGAUAUCUCAGCCCGAAGUACCCCGACAGAGCCAGGAAGAUCAGAGUCGGAUCGAACUGCCGGUCGAAGCCUUCAAUUUUGGUGACCUCAAGUCCGGGUUUUCCGAUGAUGAAGAAUCGAUACGACCACCAGCCGUCACUCACUCGCGCUCUCAUUCUCCUUCUCAAGCCAAGCCCGAGAGGCGUCUCUCGAUCGAGGACCGUAUCAAGCACCUAGAAGAGGGCAUGCGCACGUUGGAAGGCUCUGUCCACCGCAUGUCUGGGCGCAGCAACAGGCAAACCAUAGUCCUGGAAAAUGCGCCCAAAGGACGACGAGGCUCGCGAAACAGAAGCUCCAGUGGCGCCAGCGAUCGUCAAGAAAGCCACCAUUCCUCCUCCACCCGAAGUCGCUCGGGAAGCAGAACGACGCGACUUCGAACCAGCGACAGUGAUCUGCAGCAACACGCCGCAUCCGCCUCUCCCGCGCCCGUCGCCCCCUUAUCCGCUGUCACCGAGGAUGUAUCCUCGGCGACGCUCCAAAGUCCACAGCCAGGAGCCCCAAUAGACUCCCAGCCCACAGCCUCCCAAUACAACGCCCUCCUUGCCCACCUUAACAGCUUACAACUCACCCUCACCCACGAGCGUCAAUCCCGCAAAGCACUCGAAACCCAAAUCAUCACCCUCCAGCGCGAAGUCUCGGAUCUGCACAGCCUCAUCAACCGACUUGUGCACUGGUCCCCAAACUACCCCACUCCUAGUCCAGAUGCUCUCGUAGAGGUUGGCGCGAGCGAAGAGCGCAUGGCGACGCCCAAAGCAAAGCCCAGCAUCCGUGGGAGGAACCCGCGGAUUCUCCAAAGCGGUGGCGGCAUCUCGGGCCCGGGGUACGGCGGCCACUUGACGAAUAGCAGCAGUAGGAACAGUAGCAAGGAGGAUGUCCUUGCAAGUCCCGGGGAGCCGGAAAUAUGGGCGACGCCUCUGGAAGGCCGGUUUGCGCUUACGAGUGGGGGUAUUGGGAAGAGGAGUGAGGAAUGAGACAGAUGGGACAUUUUGAUUCCGUUCUUUAUUCAUCUUCUGGCAUUUUUUCUUGCUUACGGCCAGGGGCCACUAUAGAAAAACGGUAAAAGGGCGGCUGAAUGUUUGUUGAUUUUGGAAUCUCGUUUGGGUGGAAAACGUUCUCUUGUUGUUUCGUUGUUGCCUUCUUUUUCUUUUUCUCCCCAUUUUU